AUGUCCAUCGAGAACCUCAAGACCUUCGACCCGUUCGCGGAAGCGGAUGAAGAUACCGGCCAGGUCAAGCAGUCGCAGCAAGACUACAUCCACAUUCGGAUCCAGCAGCGCAAUGGCCGCAAGACGCUGACGACGGUCCAAGGCCUGCCCAAGAAGUUUGACCAGAAGAAGAUUCUCAAAGUGAUCAAGAAGAAGUUUGCCUGCAAUGGCACCAUUGUCAGUGACUUGGAAAUGGGCGAGGUCGUCCAGCUGCAGGGCGAUCAGCGCAAGGAUGUCCAGGAGUUCUUGACCGAUAAGAAGGAGGGCCUGGGGCUUGAUGCGAAGACUAUAAAGGUGUGUCCACGGUUUUUAAACUCGUUGCACAAGACACGAAGACCCCCUGUCGGCUAUGCUCCAGCCGCGCAGUUUCUUCUCCCGCAGAUGCUCACGGCAAACCUUUAG